UCCCCUGUUCCGCAGCAGAGACCGAGAAAAUCGGCAAGUGUGAAGGGGGGGGGAUGAUAUGAGCUCGCCGUCGGAGCCGAGACGACUGAAGGGGCACAGAGCGACGGCCACGUGCUGUAUCGCCUCUCGGGAUCGCCCUGGCCUCGUGGCCACUUCCGGCGAAGAUGGUUGUGUUUGCUGGUUCGACAUGCGUUGCAAAGACGUCCAACUUGUCAUGGAGAUUGGGAAGGAAGCCAGUUCAUCCUUGUGUUUCAAGCCUGGUAAUGAAGAUAUUGUAUAUGUUUCGUCUGGCAAGGAAGUCAAGUGCUUCGAUGUUCGUCUGGGCACCUCAUCAACGCCAUUGGAGUGUUAUGAUUACAACAAAGAAGAAAUAAACCAGAUUGUAUGCAGCUCAAAGUCAUUCCUUGCUGCAGCAGAUGAUGGUGGCGAGAUAAAGAUUAUUGAUAUUCGUCAACAAUGUCUUUACAAAACACUAAGAAAUGGCCAUUCAAGUAUUUGUAGCAGCGUGCAGUUUCUCCCUUGGAAACCUUGGGAAGUCAUCACUGGAGGCCUUGAUUCAAAGCUGGUGAUGUGGGACUUCUCCAAAGGGAGACCUUUCAAAGUUGUAGACUUAGGGUCAUCUGAAAUGACAAGUGGCAAUAGCACAGGGCAAUGCUUCAAUCCUGCUUUUGUUCACUCAAUAGCUGUUCCAGAUGUUGAUAUGCUGGACAAAUUGGGCAAAAUCUGUGUUGUGGCACGUGGUGAUGGUGGCGCCGAUGUAAUGAACAUUGAAUCAGAACUUGCUGCUACCAGGACAAAAAGUUCUGUUAAACCCCGAAAGGGAUCUCACUCCAGAUCAAAUGAUGCAGAAAAUACAGAUACCCGGGGGAGAUUACACUUGGAUUACACUUUGGGGGGUCAUACUGCUGCCAUUUCUUGUGUGGCAUUUUCAAUGUUUGGUCAGCGGGGGGAGUUCAUAAUCUCUGGGGGAAAUGAUAAAUCCAUCAAGUUGUGGAAUCUGUUCAAGUACAUUGAUACAAACCAAAGUGGCAGCCAAAGUGAUCUUCGUGAUCUCUUACAUCUCAACAUUGAUCUAAGCAGAAAAUGCUUCGCAUGUGCAGGUGAAUUGGCUGUGCACAACUCCUGCUGUAACUGAGAACCUCAUUGUCUGUGACACAACCAAAGUAGUCAAAGUCUACAGUAUUUCCUAGUUAUGCAAACCUGAAGCUGUGGAAAGCAGGAACUCCUCUGCUGCAUAACGGA